ACACAGGACGAUUUGCCUCACUGAGCUUGGACCCUCCAAAACCGAGAGAGAGAGAGAGAGAGAGAGAGAGAGAGAGGAAAAGGUGAAAAAAAAACCCCCAAUUCUUCCUUCGGCGAUGUCUUCGAUGUCUUCGAUUCAGCUCGGCCGCUUCUCGAACCUUCUACUUCCGUCGGGGAUAACUCCUUCUCGCAGAUCGAUGAUCUCCGUCCGUUGCUCCGCCGGCGGCGACACCGCAUCCACUGCGGCGCCGGGGGCGGCUCUGGACGCGGACUUCGACAAGAAGGCGUUCCGUCAUAACCUCACUCGAAGCGACAACUACAACCGCAGGGGUUUCGGUCACAAGGAAGCCACCAUGGAGCUUAUGAACCAAGAGUACACAAGUGAUGUGAUAAAGACUUUGAAGGAGAACGGGAACGAGUACACGUGGGGCGAUGUGACUGUGAAGCUAGCAGAGGCUUAUGGCUUCUGUUGGGGUGUUGAAAGAGCGGUGCAGAUCGCGUACGAGGCGAGGAAGCAGUUCCCGGAGGAGAAGAUAUGGAUUACUAAUGACAUCAUCCAUAAUCCCACUGUCAAUAAGAGGUUAGAAGAGAUGGAUGUCAAAAAUAUUCCCAUUGAAGAUGGACAAAAGCAAUUUGAUGUUGUUGAUAAAGAUGAUGUAGUAGUUUUGCCUGCUUUUGGAGCUGCUGUUGAUGAGAUGUUCACCUUGAGUCAAAAGAAUGUACAGAUAGUCGAUACAACAUGUCCAUGGGUAUCAAAGGUCUGGAACACUGUUGAGAAGCAUAAGAAGGGAGAUUAUACUUCAAUAAUUCAUGGUAAAUAUUCCCAUGAAGAGACGAUAGCCACUGCCUCUUUUGCAGCAAAGUAUAUAAUUGUGAAGAAUAUUGAUGAGGCAAUGUAUGUAUGUGAUUACAUUCUUGGUGGUCAGUUUAAUGGGUCUAGCUCAACAAAAGAGGUGUUCCUUGAGAAAUUCAAGUUUGCUGUUUCUCCCGGAUUUGAUCCUGAUACUGAUUUAAUGAAAGUGGGCAUUGCUAAUCAGACGACAAUGCUCAAAGGCGAAACAGAAGAAAUUGGUAAAUUGGUUGAGAAGACAAUGAUGCGGAAGUAUGGAGUUGAAAAUAUUAACAAUCAUUUCAUUAGCUUUAACACAAUUUGUGAUGCCACUCAGGAGAGACAAGAUGCCAUGUACAAACUGGUGGAGGAGAAAGUUGACCUGAUUAUGGUAGUUGGUGGAUGGAAUUCCAGUAAUACCUCACAUUUGCAAGAAAUUGCAGAGCUCAAGGGAAUUCCAUCAUACUGGAUUGAUAGUGAGAAAAGAAUUGGACCAGGGAACAAAAUAAGUUACAAAUUACUUCAUGGAGAGCUUGUCGAGAAAGAGAAUUGGCUACCUACAGGUCCCAUCACCAUUGGAAUAACUUCUGGUGCUUCUACUCCAGAUAAGGUAGUUGAACUGGUUCUGUCCAAGGUAUUUGACAUCAAACGCGAAGAAUCUAUGCAGCUGGCAUAAAACUGGGACAAGUGCAUGUAUCUUCAGGAGCAGAGCUUUAGGCAAAGUUAAAGCUGUGAAGAGAACCUCACCUCCUUGCCAAUUAUGUAUAGUACCCAAUGUCUGGGUCACCAAUAUGUGCACUUAUUCUGCUAAAAUUAAUGUGAGAAAUGGGUUACAUAUCUAGUUGUUAGCUUUGAUGGUAGAUAUUUGUUGUAGACCAGACCCUCUUCCAUAUAAUUUACAUUUAUAGUGCAAUAUCUGUUCUUCUAAA